UUAUCCAGUUCUUUUUGUGUUUUGACGAGCUGCUUCUGACAACAGGUGGAACGUGGAGAACCUCUCUGACAUCUGAGCAGGCGUAAAUACGCGAUGACAGCAAGAUAACAACAUGAAAAUCCAGACAAUCCCUUUGCAAUUGGAAGAGGAUGGGAUUUCCCACCGUGCUUUUGUUUCCUGUGAGAAGAAAACUUCAAUCUCUUCUCUGCUCUGUCUUGAUUGGCCCCUUUUAGUGUCCCACAAAGCUUCUCCCCGAGUUGUCUGAUUGGACCUUCACACCCCAGAGGACUGAUCUGCCAAUCGCUGUUAGCUUUGCAGCGGCUCUCCUCUGCAGCUCAGUAUUCUGAGGACAACGGGAUAAAAAGAGGAGAUCUCAGUUCACUGCAGCUGACUCAGGAUUUUGCAGAAGCGAUCUCCGUCAUGGAAGUGUCCGGUCGACCAAACACAUUGCCCUUCAAACUCCACAAAUCAGCGUCUACUCCUCUUCGCUAUUCGGGUGCAGUGAAGAAGGUUGCCAAGAAAAAUCAAACAAAGGAAAGUGGAAAUAAAGAGAAGGACAAUCAAGUUGAAUAUGACAAUGCUAGCUCUGAAGAGGACACAGCAGAAGAUUUAGUGCUUAAACCAACUACUGAUUCCUCAGAACUUGCAGAUGGAGGUGCUCAUCAAAUACAUUUAAGACUUCCCUCAGAGGACACUUUCUCAGAGGAAACCUUGGUGUCAGAGGAGAGGUUGGUAGAGGAAGCCAAAAAGAAGAAGGAAGAGGAGGAAGCAGCAGCAAAAGAGAAACAAGCUCAGAGACAGAUGAUGGCCAUCGAAGAGCUAGUCCAGUCAGAGAAGAGUUACCUCAGAAUGCUGCAGAUCUGCACUGUAAAUAUCAGGAACAGCUUAAACAACCUCCAGCCUCCGCCACCAAACCUGGACAGUGUGUUUCUGUACACAGAGGAGGUGAUGAAUGUGUCGAGCCGGCUCCUCAGCAAGUUGGAGCAGAAGCAGCUCAAGCCUCAAAACCCAGAAUUUCUAGAAAAUCUCUGUACUUCAUUCCUUAGCCUCUCCUCUGAAAUCGAAGCAGCGUACAAAGAAUACUUGUGGAACUACAAUCAUGUCUCGUUAGUGGAGAAUGGCUACAAACAGAACGAGGCACUUUGGAGUGACAUUAUUAAAGUCGUAAAGUCAGCAGCACCUGAAGUCAAUGCCACCUCUCUGAGUUUCUUCUUGGUAAUGCCAGUGCAGCGGAUUGCGCGCUAUCCUCUCCUUCUGCAGACCAUCCAGAAGCACAGUGACCCCUCUCACCCAGCGUACGCCCUCCUGGAGCAGACUGCUAACACCUCCAUCGCCUUGAACUGUAAUAUCAAUGAGUACAAACGGUUCAGAGAAGUUGCCGAUAAAUACAAGAAGACUGAAAACCUGACCAUUAUGGACAAGAUCAACCGGCUCAGCACUCACAGCAUCGCAAAGAAGACUGCAAGGUUCAGUCAGUACAUCAAACAUGAGACUGGAAUGGCACCAAAGCUGGUGGAUGAAGAGUUUGAUACCCUCGAAGGUUUCUUUAACAUUCUGGAAUAUGGGAUCCUGGUGCUUCUGGAAAAUGUGGAAACUUACCUUUUCCACCUACAGAGUUUCCUGGAAUGUAAGACAGAAGAGUUUGACUUUGACAUGGAUGGCGAAAAGGCCCUUGUUUGCUACAAGGAGAUCCAUACUGCACUCAGACAGUGGAUUCUUCCAAUGUUUGAGAAAAGGAUGAGGACCCUGAUUCACAAGCCACUCUGUGAACUGCGGGACCUCCUGGUGGGACCGAAGAACCUGAUUAGAAAAAGACUCCACAAGCUGCUUGACUAUGAAGUGAUAGAGGGGAAACCCAAACUGAGCUACGAGGAACAGGCUGUGGCCAGUGCAUACAAGACAAUCAACACAUUGCUCCUCAAUGAGCUUCCUCGCUUUAAUGACCUCGCUCUGCAGAUGAUCUGGAGAAUGUUGGGGACGUUCAGCUGCUUGCACAGAGACCUCGCUGCAGACAUGGAACAGCUCUUUCAAGGCUUUGCUCUACAGCUUCCUCACAGUUCCUAUCAUCCAAAGGAAUUCCAGGAGUGGGUAGAAACUGCUGUGCUUGAAGGAGCGAGAAAUUUGGACAUUUUAUGCCAAAGUGUGCAAGAAACCCUUAAUUCUCCAGUUGUCCAGCCUGUGAGCCCGUCAUGUCAGCGGCGCCUGAAGCAGCUAACAGAUAAGCACGGCUCCGGUAAGAUCUUCCAGGUCACAAACACGGUGGUGGGAACCCGGGACUUCGACCUGAACCUGACCAAGGGGGAGUUUGUUGCCCUCAUCAGCGAGUUCGACACCCGCGGAGACAAACGGAGGUGGCUGGUUGAUUCAGGAGCAAAGAGAGGUUAUGUUCCUUCAUCAAAGCUCAUUCGCUAUCACCAAGCAGCAGAGGACCCGCCGCCCUCGCCAUUCCUUCCUAUGCCAGGAAACAUGAUGGCGUUCAGGAGACACUCCUGCAACCCGGAUCCCCAACUCAUCCACGUCACAAGUCAGCCUUUAUUCCAGGUGGUCGCUGCCUAUGACUUCACUGCGAGGGGAAACCAUGAAGUAUCGCUCCGUGCCGGUGAACCUGUCCGGGUCCUGGAGUCGCAGGACAAACGAGGGAACUCUGAGUGGAGCCUGGUGGAGGCCAGAGGUCAGAGAGGCUAUGUGCCCUCCAAUUACCUCACCAGCAUACCUGUUGGCACAGGGUCACUGGCCCCUCCACUCCACUAGGAAAUAACACCAUGUUCUGUGAAUACUACAACAUUUUGUCAUAAACCUGCAGUUGCAUCCUCAAAAACA